AUGAACUGCCAUGACAAACGACCGCAAGUUAGCUUCAAAAUAGACAGUUCGAAUCCUACUAAAUUCAAUAGUCUGCCGAGAAGGAAGUCGUCAACGUACGCCGAGGAAAGUUUCCAAAGGAAUACACCAGCGCGACGCUCGGCCGGACAUGCUGAUCGGUGUAUAGAAUAUUUUGUGCCAAGAAGUUUAAGUGAGUUUAACUUGAGCGGGGCCGGAGCGGGGGAGUUUUGUGCGAUAAGUACGUUCGGUGAGAAGAGCAGGCGGGACAGGCGUGAUAAAAUGGUUACCUUUGAAGACGAUCGGUCCGUUGAGACUGGUAGCGCGCUCCCAGACGAUGUGUUUAUGUAA